GUUGGAGGCCUCUGUCUCGCUGUAGCAGCUGCUGGCUUGGCGUUUUCGCGGCACCUGGGAACGCUGCCGGCCGGUCUCAACCACUUGACCAGCGGAAUGAUCAGCGCACACGCUGGAACCGCUGGAGCCGAGCGCGAGCUGCAGCCGACGCAGCCCAUGCCGUCGCCGGCUCCGGCGCCCUCGCCGAUGAAUCCUCUGAGCACUUGA